AUGAGAAUAAGCAACUCCUUCAGAAGUUUGACGUCUGCCAUUUUGGUAGCGUCGUCACGCUCCUUCUCAUCAUCAGCUCUUACCGCUGUAGCUAGUCUAUCAACACUCAAGAAAAACAAUGACAACAUGAGAAAUAGACGAUUGCACCAAACAGUCGACAUUUCAAGUACCAUGAUUCCUGGGACUUCCGUUGCUCUUCCUCCUGAAAAUCUCGAGGCUAUUGCCAAGUUGGAACCCAAAUCAUUAUGGUCCCAUUUUGCCAUUCUCUCUUCGAUUCCUCGUCCAUCCAAGCAAGAAGAACAAAUCUUGGAUUAUAUAAAGGCUUUUGCGGAAGAACGGAACUUGAAAUGGAAACAAGACUCCGUCGGAAACUUGGUCGUCUUUCAUCCAGGUUGCGGUGUUGGCAAGUCUGCUCCUGCUGUCAUUUUGCAAGGGCACGUGGACAUGGUCACAGAGAAGAAUAGCGACACAGCGCAUGAUUUUGAAAAGGAUCCCAUCCUUCUUCAUCAGUUGGCACCCAUUCACAAUGAACAGACAAGUCAGAAAGAGCAAUGGCUUGGGGCCAAAGGCACAACACUGGGAGCUGACAAUGGUAUUGGAGUCGCCGCCACUUUGGCCUUGUUGGAAACAUCUGUCGACGAUGAGACAGCUGCGCUCCCUCCCUUGGAAGCCCUCUUUACAAUUGACGAAGAAACAGGACUGACUGGAGCAACGGAACUGAAUGCGCAAGAACUGGGUUUGACCGGAAAAUCAAUGUUGAACCUUGAUACGGAAGAAUGGGGCGAGCUGUAUGUUGGAUGUAGCGGUGGUGGAGAAUCGACAAUCACUGUUCCCCUCACCCGUGGCUCAACUUUGGUCGGUGAUGUGGAAUAUAUGGAACUUCGUGUCGACGGUUUGUUGGGCGGGCAUUCUGGCAUCAAUAUUCACGAGGGUCGAGGGAAUGCUAUUUUGGUUUGCGCUUCUGCGGCACAAAAGGCAUUGCAAGUUGCUCCAGAAGGUCUUUCGCUGGUUUUCAUCACUGGCGGAGACAAACAUAAUGCCAUUCCACGAGAAGCCCGUGCACUGUUUGCUGUGUCGACUCCAGAAGCAAAGAACGCAAUUGAAACAGCAGCCCAACUGGGAGACCUCGUUUCCAAGGCCGAAUACGGAAUUCUCGAAACGAAACUGAGCGUGGUAGCCAAAACUGCAACGAUCGAUGAUACUUCUGAAAUAUCACCAUUGGAUGCCAAGUCCGCUUUCACUUUGCUGUCCAUCCUUUUGGCUCUACCUCACGGACCACUCAAAUUUUCUCACUCCAUCCCAGAUUUGGUUGAAACUUCCAACAAUAUUGCGUCCAUUGUUAUGGCUACCCACGAUUCACAGGCUACUAUUCUCUGCUCAACGAGAUCCUCUAUCGGAGACGCGUUGGAAAUGGCUCGCAAUAAGCUUGAAGCCAUUGCCUUCUUGGGAGGGGCCACGAUCGAACGGAAGGAGUCUUACCCGGGUUGGAACCCCGACAUGAAAUCUAAUCUCCUCUCGCUAGGAAGAAAGCUCGUCAAUCGUGGGACUGGCAGGGAGCCCGGAGUCAAGGCAAUUCAUGCCGGGUUGGAAUGUGGAUUAUUGAUUGAAAAAAUGGGAGGAGGCGUGGAUGCUUUGAGUUUUGGACCAACCAUUACUGGGGCUCAUUCGCCGGACGAACGGAUCUUGUGCGACACUGUUCCGCCAUUUUUCGAGCUGGUAAAGGAAAUGUUGGAAGAACUAGCAAAACAACCAAAAGAUUAA